AUGACUAAUGUAACUAUUGUUAUUAAUUUCCUUGUAAUUAUAGAAAUUAGUCAUUAUUAAAUUCAAAUAAUGUAGAGAAUGAUUUGGNUAAUGAUAAUUAAUAAGAAUCAUAUCUAUCAGAUCCAUCAGCUGAAGAAUUAAAUCCAGAAGAAAUCAAAUAAAUUUAAGCAAUAAUCAAAAAGAUUGAAUGGAGAAUGAAACAGGAUGGAUCUUCUUAUGAAAUCAAAUAAGAAUAUUAAGAUCAAGUAUCAAAAAAGGUUUAAUUGGAUAGAAGAGCUUUAAAAAAUAAAUUAUAACAAUAGGAUAAUACGAACAACAAUAAAAUUUAAAAUGUAAACAAUUUCAACAAUAUCAAUAUUAAUAUUGAGAACUUUACUCAAUCUAAUUUGAAUGAACAUAUUAAUAACAAUUCUAAUUAAAUUUAAUUAUAAGUUAUGGAAUAUAAUUAAAAUGAAGAUUAGAGUUAAUUAUCUUUCUGUUUAGUAAAUAAAGAGAGAGGAUUCAUUUAUUUUUUAAAUUAAGAUUAAUUCAAUAAUUAUACAAAAAAUUAAAAUUAAAUCAAUAACAAUCCAUUAAUUAACUUGUCUAGUUUUUUAGGAGCUCAACCUGCUGUAAAUAAUCUAAAUUUUUAAAAUAAUGUUGCUCUAAAUACAAACAUUGAACUUGGUUAAUAACAGAAUUAAUAAAAUAAUAAUUUAGAAUGUUUCUCUGAACAUUAAAGUUUAAACUCUUAUUAUUAUUAAUGUAUGGCAAUGAACAAUCCUAUGAAUUUUAAUUAACUUCCUCCUACAAGAUCUUAUCUUAACUUACCAACUCAUUUAAAUAAUAAUUUUACUUCCAACCCAUAAUAUCUUUCCGGAUAUAAUUAUCAUGUUACAUGUUAUCAAUAAUAAUAAUAAUAACAAUAAGCAUCAUAGAUGAUGUAUUAAUCACAAACUAGUGAUAAACUAGAUCUUUGA